CAAAAUUUAAAUGCCAAACCAUCAUAGGCAUAGCUUACCUGAGUAGUGCCCAACUUCUGGUGACUGACAGACCCUCCUCCCUCCCUUCCCCUUCCUCCUCCUCUAAUCCUCGUUAGCUCAGGAUUCAAAUCUCUCGAAUUUCCCAAACGCCGGAUUCGCAGAAGGAAGACAUGGCGAAGGACUCGUACGAGGAUGCCAUUGCCGGACUUUCCAAGCUCCUAAGUGAAAAGGCUGACCUCGAGGGCGUCGCCGCCGCCAAGAUCAAGCAGAUAACGGCUGAGCUGGCGUCGGCCGACUCGACCGACGCGGUCGAGAGGAUCAAAACCGGGUUCACCCAUUUCAAGAAGGAGAAAUACGAGAAAGAUGUUGAUUUGUACGCCAAACUCGCCGCAGGCCAAAGUCCCAAGUUCAUGGUAUUUGCAUGCUCAGACUCCCGAGUUUGCCCCUCGCACAUCCUCAAUUUCCAACCAGGGGAGGCCUUUGUAGUCCGAAACAUCGCUAACAUGGUCCCUCCAUAUGACCUGACAAAGUACUCGGGAAUGGGGGCGGCCAUUGAAUAUGCGGUAUUGCAUCUGAAGGUGGAGAAUAUUUUGGUGAUUGGACACAGCUGCUGUGGAGGUAUAAAGGGGCUCAUGUCUAUCCCAGAUGAUGGGUCCACUGCUAGUGACUUCAUAGAGAGCUGGGUGAAAAUCUGUUCACCGGCAAAGACCAAGAUUAAAGCUGCAUACAGUGGUUUGAGUUUCACAGAGCAGUGCACCAACUUGGAGAAGGAGUCCGUGAACAUCUCAUUGGGAAACUUACUGACAUAUCCAUUUGUGAGAGAAGCAGUGGUGAACAAGACUCUGAGUCUGAAAGGCGGAUAUUACGAUUUCGUCAAGGGCAGCUUCCAGCUCUGGGAUCUUGAUUUCAAAAUUACACCUAAUUUGACUGUGUGAGCAUCAAACAUUGUCCAGAAACCUUCCCUUCGUUUCUUGAAAAAUUUCAACUCCAUCUUCUUUGGAACAACAUUUGGCAAAAUAAUUGUGUUUAUGGCUUGUGUGAUAUUGAAAUAUCAAAUAAGUAUAGCAAUGCUGUAUUCUGGUUUAUUGCAAUAUGUAAAAAGUUAUAUUUUCACUAGCAAUGUUUCUUAGCUUCAAACGCUGAUGAAAUUUACCGUUUUACCCAUUUACUUUAUGCAAUGCUGUAUUCUGGUUUAAUA